AUGGGGAACCACGGCUCGAACCUGGAAGACAUCCUGGCGGAGGACAUGCACCACUGGUACAACAAGUUCAUGAGAGAGUCUCCGUCAGGACUCAUCACGCUGUUCGAGCUGAAGGCCAUUCUGGACCUGAAGGGCAUGAACGAGAACGCCAGCAGCUACGUGGACCAGGUGUUCUUCACCUUCGACAUGGACGGGGACGGUUACAUCGACUUUGUGGAAUACAUCGCCGCCGUCAGUCUGAUGCUGAAAGGAGAAAUCAACCAGAAACUGAAGUGGUACUUCAAACUGUUCGACCAGGACGGCAACGGGAAGAUCGACAAGGACGAGCUGGAGACCAUCUUCUCGGCCAUCCAGGACAUCACACGGAACAGAGACAUCGGCCCAGAGGAGAUCGUCUCGAUCAUAUUUGAGAAGAUAGACGUGAAAGGAGAAGGUGAGUUGACGCUUGAGGAGUUCAUCGAAGGAGCCAGAGACCACGAGGACAUAAUGGACAUGCUGAAGAACCUAAUGGACCUGACGCCAGUGUUACUCAUCAUCGUGGAGGGGCGGGCGGGUUGAGAUCGAGAGCCGGAGCUGCAGAAGGACCACAAAGACUGAAGCAGAACCCCUCCCCCAAAAGAAUCCAUGGACCCUCACCCCUUCGAGAAGAGAAAGACUUGUUCUCCCCUUUCUGCUGUUUGCUGGUCUGGACGAGGCAGCAGGAAGCAACAGGUGCUGAAAAUAUCAAACAUUUUUGACGGCCUAGAAGUGGUUGUCCAGACUCCGCACAUCCAACUGUCCCUCGUCCUCUUCGUCCUCCUCGUCCUCCUCGUCCUCCUCGUCCUCAUCGUCCCCAGGUGUCAGGUUGAAAAGGGAACAACGAUAUCUAAAGACUCUGUGUCCAUCUGAACUGUCUGUCCUCUCACAGUUCUCGUGGUUAUGAAAGAGCCCGGACACGUUCUGGGACAUGGUCCAAAUGAAUAGAAGUUGAACUCAGUUUCUCAGAUUGGUUUGUUAUUCUCUGGUCUCAUGACUCCAGACUUCAUUCAUACAUAAUAACUUCUUUUCUAACAGCUUGAUUAUAGACCUUUGGUUAUGUAGAAAAACAUCGUAUUCAUCAAACUAUCUCUGGUUCCGUCGUCGAGCAGCAGCAUCGAACCCUUCCUGUCCAGACCCCAAUCUUCAGCCUGGAUUUUAGUGAAACCUGUU